AUGCAGCAAUUGGUUGUUCCUGUGGUCGUCGGCACUCUUGCCUCGUUCGGGGCCGCCUCUGGGAGCUUGCCUCGGGGCGUAAGCCCAGAUUUCGCCAAGUUUUACGAAUCAAAGGACAGCUUUGCGUGCAUCACCCAGCCUUCCAUCAAACUCGAUGUCAAGCAAGUCAACGACAACUCGUGCGACUGCCCCGACGGCUCCGACGAACCUGGCACCUCUGCCUGCGCCCACCUAGAUCCGCUCUCUCCGCCGCAGCCCCUUCCCGGCUCUCCGACCGGCUCGACUAACACCACCAAUGCGCUUCCCGGCUUCUGGUGCGUUAACAAGGGCCAUAUUGGCGGAUACGUACCCUUCGCUUACGUGAACGAUGGAGCCUGCGAUUACGAACUCUGCUGCGACGGUAGCGAGGAGUACUCUGGCGUAGGAGGCGUCAAGUGCCCGAACAAGUGCGCCGAGAUUGGCAAGGAGUACCGCCGCAUUGAGGAAGAGAGGCGUAAGUCCCUGGAACAGGCUGGUGCUGCCCGCGCCGAGCUCAUUCGCCAGGCGAAGCAGGCAAAGAGGAACGCGGAAACUACGAUUGUCAACCUUAAGGGGGAGAUUGCCCAUCUGGAGCUCAAGAGGAUCGAGCUGCAAAAGAAGUACGACGAAACUGAGCGCGUGGAACGUCGCAAGGUCGUCAAGGCUGGUGCUGGUGGCGGCAAGCUCGCCGAGCUUCUCGAGCAGUCCAAGAUGCGAGUUGAGGAGCUUCGCGACACCCUCGAGCUGGUGGUUGAGCAGCGUAAUGAGCUGCGGACCAAGGUCGCCGAUCUUGAGGGUAUCCUGAAGCGCUUCAAGGAGGAGUAUAAUCCCAAUUUCAACGAUGAAGGUGUCAAGCAGGCUGUUAAGUCCUGGGAGGAUUAUGCCGCCAGGAUUGCCAAUGAACAUAGCGAGAUCAUUAGCGAUGCCGAAGUUAGGGAUGUGCUCAUCGAAGAUGGAGAGAUGAACGGUAUUAACUGGAAGGACUUUGAGCCUUCGGAUGAUGAUGUUGCUGAUACGGAUAUCAUCUACAAGCUUGAGGCCUAUGCGCCUAGGUUCAUCCUCGACUUGUUCUACAAGCAGAUGGCAGCCUUGCGCCAGUGGCUCGUAUCUAACGGCAUAUUGGCCGACUCGGGCACCACGACCACGGAAUCCCCCGCAGUCAAAGCCGCGCGCGAUGCUCUCAGCGCCGUCGAUCGUGAAAUUACUUCCAAGACCUCGGCUCUCAAGAAUGAAGAGGACGAUCUCGAAAAGGACUACGGUCCCGACGACGUCUUCAGGGCCCUCAAGGGCAAGUGUGUCAGCACCGACGCCGGCGAGUACACGUAUGAGCUCUGCUGGUUCCAAAAGACGAUGCAGAAGAGCAAGAAGGGCCAUGGAAACACAAACAUGGGCGACUUUGCCCGAAUCGGCCGCGAAAUGUCCGACGAGGAGGAACGCCUCGACGGUAAGGGCUUGGGCACUGGCGAGCGCAUGGUCCUGAGGUACGAGAACGGGCAGAGCUGCUGGAACGGCCCUAGGAGGCGGACGGACGUGUGGCUCGCUUGUGCUGAGAAGGAGGAGCUGUGGCGCGUGUCCGAGUCGGAGAAGUGCGUGUAUAAGAUGGAGGUCGGCACGCCAGCUGCUUGCGAACCUCAGGGUCCGGCUGCUGCUCCCUCCGCUAAGAAGGGGAAGGAUGAGCUGUAG